AUGGUCACUUCUUUUGGCAUUAAGGAAGAUGCCUCAAAUAAGUGCAUUUACUUGAAUACUAGUGAGAGUAAAUUCAUCAUUCUUGCCUUAUAUGUUGAUGAUAUUUUUCUUGUUAGAAGUAGUGUUGAACUUUUGACUGGGACAAAAUUUGUGUUAAAUAGCCACUUUGGUAUGAACCUUGGCGAUGCUUUUGUUGUUCUAGGCAUUCAGUUUUUCGUGAUAGGUCAUGUGGCAUUCUUGGAUUGUCUUAGAGAGGAUACAUUGAUAAAGUCCUUAAGGUUUAACAAGCAUUCUUUGCUUCCAUGUAUUCAAAAGUUUAAUGGAACCAAGGAUCACAUGUUGACCUAUAAGAAGUCUGAUCAACUUCAGGUCAUUGGUUACUCUGAUUCUAAUUUGGUUGGUUGCCCUAAUGAUCGAAAAUCUGCUUCUGGCUUUGGUUGUAUGAUGGCAGAAGAAGUUAUUUUUUGGAAGAGGGUUAAACAAACUCUUACAACUACUUCUACCAUGAAUGCA